GGACAUGGGUAUGAACCCGGAAGUAAAAAUAGCGGCGCAGAACAGUAUGUGGUUUGAACCGCGUUAUAUUUCUACUGAGAAUUUGUCAAGUAGCUCAUAUUAGUAUCUAAAAUAUAUAAUUAAUAACUAGACGGACGUGUGGGGUUUCUCUCAGUAGGUCAACAUGCUUCCACUGUCUUUACUGAAAACAGCACAGAACCACCCUAUGCUGGUGGAGCUGAAAAACGGGGAGACCUACAACGGCCAUCUGGUCAGCUGUGACAACUGGAUGAACAUUAAUUUAAGAGAAGUCAUCUGUACCUCCAGGGACGGAGAUAAGUUCUGGAGGAUGCCUGAAUGCUACAUCCGAGGAAGCACGAUCAAGUACCUGCGGAUCCCGGACGAAAUCAUCGACAUGGUGAAAGAGGAAGUCGUGUCCAAGGGCCGUGGCCGUGGCAGCAUGCAACAGAAUAAACAGCAGGGAAAGGGCAGAGGAGGUGGAGCUGGACGAGGUGUGUUUGGUGGCCGAGGAAGAGGCAUGCAAGGUGCUGGCCGUGGACAGCAACAGGACAAAAAGCCGGGAAAACCACAGGGUGUCAAAAACCAGCACUGAAUACCAACACAAUACCUCCUUUUUUUUCCCUUCUUUUUAGCCUUUUCUCCUUCUCACCAGAAGAAUAACACAACACUUUGUUUUCUUUGAUCCGCAUCUAUUUAAUUCUAAAUAAUUCCAUACAUAGUUUCAUCAUUAUUUUGGUGCAGAUUUCUUUAAACCAAAAUGAUCCAGUCUCUGUGAUGUGAAAAAGAUUAUUUUGAUCUCGGUUCUCAAGUUCAUCAAGUGAUGAAGCAACAGAUAAAAAAUAAGUUAAGAGCGUUUAAAUAUCGGAUGCCCCGAAAUUGCAAGUUUGAGUUAAACAAUUCAUCUGUAAAGCGGUGUCCAUUUUGUCCCAAUUUUUUUUUGACAGAGGACAUGUAGAAGUGCUGUAAAUUAUGUGCAGUAGACUUAAUAAAUACUUUUUUUGUUAA